AUGCGAAUUGCACUCAUUUUAUUACUGGUAAUUAAAGUGGCAAAAUUUGAAGUUAACGUGACCAAGUUAAAUAUUCAUGAAGGCCUUGUAUACAACGGCCAAAGCUAUAAUGUAGAUGAUUAUCCGUAUGUAAUUUCUAUUAAAAUAAAAUAUCCUAACCAUACUAAGAAGACUUGCUCAGGUUCGCUGAUAAAAAAAUUGUUCGUAUUGACUUCUGCUCAUUGUGUUUACGGUAUUGACAUAGACUAUAUUAAAGUAUAUCAAGGUACAUGGUUAAAAAAUAAUAUUUCCCGAAAUUUAGUUGAAAUAUACAUACACGAAGAUUAUGACUCUAAUAAUAAACAUUUAUUUAUAAAAGGAGAUAUUAGUGUAUUAAAAAUCAAUGAACCGUUUCCAAAAAUAAAGAAAUAUAUAAAAAUAGGUGGCACUCCUAGUGAUUUUACUGACGAUAAAAUCCUCAAUUGUACAGUUAUUGGGUUUGGUUUAAUUAAUGAAGAUACUAUGGGCUCAAAAGGAUUUAUGAGUAAUGUUUUUGUCAAACAUGGUAGAAAAGCAUGUCGAGGAUCUAAAAGUAAUCCUAUAAAAAACACAUGGCCACAAUAUUUGUGUACGAUACCAGGCGAGAAUACAACUUGUGAUGGAGACAACGGUGGUCCGAUGAUUUGCAACGGUUUGCUAUAUGGAAUAUGUAGUUUUGCAAUAAAUUAUAAAGGUGAUAUAGAAAACAUAUGUGGCAGUGAAAAUCUUCAGACUGUCCACGUGUUCCUCCACUAUUAUAGAAAAUGGAUAUAUAAUAUUAUAAGAUCGGAUACACCAUACACUCAAUACACGCAGCCCACAACUACUACCAAAAAACCAAAAAAAAAAAACAAAAAAAAUUCUGGGAAAUCGAUUACAUCAUACCAAAAUAUACUGUAUACGAUUUCAGCAUUGUUAUUUUAUUACAUGUAA